AGUCUCGGAGUGAAAGAUUAGGUUAGAUCGGUCUAAUUUGACGUUUGAUUUAAGGUGAUACAAAUGCGUCGGGGUGCAUUAGUGGCGUACGUAUUCUCGAUACCGACGUUUCUGAGAAUCAGCAGCAACAACUGAUCGCGCGACAAGAAUGGAGCCGGACGAGAUUGAGGCAGCCUCGAGAUCGGGGACGAGUUUGCGAAACGACAAGAACGCCAUCAUCGACUACGACGAAGACAGAUUACACGAGAUGACGGCAUCUUAUUCCGAGAUAUCAUUCGAUUCACAAUCCUCGCCACCCAUCUCCGAACUGAGGUCGCUCAUUGACUCCCCGGAUAUCGACAGUGGAAAAUUUUUGGAUGACAAUUUAGAGAAAAUAGGAGGAGCCGGCCACAGGCCGGAUCAAUUGAAUCUGAGAAGUAGGGGCGGCAGUCCGACAGAAGACGACGAUCUCGACCCACCGAGCUAUCAUAAAGCUAUGGGUUACCUGCAGCUGGAGGGAAGGGUAAUGCAGGACGGGGAUAUGGUGUUGUUCGUGACGGAGGAUCUGGAGAACAAGAUCAAAUUAUCCAGUCCUGUGACUAAGAAAGGGGAUACUCCGUCGUUUCCAGGCUCACGAAGCUCGACCCCGUGCUUGUACAGGCAGGCCUUAACCCCGCAAUUACCACCUCUUGAUCAUAACGUAUUAAACGAAUUAGAGAUGGAGGCUAGAAAAGUUGCAACCUCCGUGGACGCGUUGACGGAAAAUCUAGCCGCGAUUCUACAAAACGCUUCGGCUCUCACAGUUGGCUGUUUAGAAACUUACAGAGAUGCAGUGUGUAAGACAUGCGACGCUGUGGAUCACAAUAUAAAGUCAAUGUAUCAACUGAUGGCUAAGUGCGAGGAGCUGUCCAAGUCGAUGGGACCAAUUUAUAAGUUAGCAGAGCAGAUCAAAGAGAUGAAAAGGAUGCUGGAGCUGUUUGAGAGCGCGAUGAAUUUGUAAAGCAGUGUUGCACGCUUAUCGCGAACAUGAUUAAUCACAUUAUCGCGCUUUUACAUGAAAUACAGUUGCACAUUCGUUAAUUUGCAAUGCUCUGAACAAUAUGUUGUAGAUUAUGCGAUAAAUGAGAUUAUCUGUUGUACACGAUUUUUGGAAAAUAUGUAGGUAUGCGUGUAUGUAUGAGUGCUCGUGUAUUCGAUUUUUGUUGAAUUUUUAUUUGGAAUUAAAGUAUAUUGAAUAAUACAGCAGUGAAAAAUA